AGGAGGAUCUGUGGUACCUACAGCGGCUCUUUGCCUUCCCCCCCCCCCCCCCCCCCCCCCCCCCCCCCGCUGGUUGUUGCCCGGUGUUUGCCCUGUUGGUGGAUUUGGGGCUGCUUUGUUUUGGUUUUGAUCCCCAUCGCGGCUGCAGCGGCCGGCUCUCCCGCAGAGCCGCUUCGGCCCGCUUGAGGCUUCCUCAGCCGCCCCGACCCGCCGGCGGUACGUGGCCGAACCAGCUGCCUGCGCGCCGCGGAGGCGAUCGGCAGCGCAAGUGCGGCGGCCGUUCGGGCACCAUGCUUGCCGCCUUCUACGGGAAGCGCCCGUGCCGGCAGCUGCUGCUGCAGCUGCUGCUGCUCUGCCUUUACCUCACCGUCUCGGGCGGGAGCCCCCCAGAUCCAGCUAUGACAACACAAGAUGCCAGUCAGUCUCAGGCAAACUCUUUGACUAAGAUGCAAGCUGGAUUUAAUGAAUCAUCUCCUGAGCCCAUGACAACUACACGAACUGUCAACUGGCAAACUGGGGAGAGCCCUUCAGAUCAUUUGACACUUGGACAUAAUGUAUCUACACAUGCCUUGUUAGGUCCAGAUGUUGCCACACAAGAGUUCAAGCAGGCAAGCAAAGUGAAUAUAUCUGUCAUUUUUGUGGAGGCACUCCUACCUGGUGUUUCUGGUACUUCUGUGCAAAAAAAUAUCACUUUGGACCAUGCAGUUGGAAUUGAACUUUCAUGCAGAUUAGACAAUAAAUAUUCUCAUUUGAAAAGUCUUCAAGUGACUUGGAAGAGAGGAAAUGAAACAAUCAGACACAUCAAUAAAACUGAAAACAGCUGGAGCAUCCAAUUGAGGAUCACGGACGAAAGUAAGAUGGGAAGUUACAGUUGUACUUUGAAAGGUGAAGAAGAAAUCAGCGCUAUAUUUCACUUACAAGUACCGAAAACUGAAGGAAAAGAAAAACCCAUAGUCGGUUAUGAAGGAGAUACAGCUGUAAUGAUCUGUAAUAGUUUUGGCUAUACUCCCAUUGCUUGGACCUGGUAUAUGACCAAUGGAAGUGAACGGAUUGCCAUUAAUGACACUUUGACAGACAAGUAUGCAAUUAAUAGAAUAUCUGCUAAUGCAACUUGUAUGAAGAUACUGAAGCUCACCAAGGAAGAUGAUGGUGUAUAUUGGUGUGAAGCUGCUUUUGAAUUAGGGAAAAGUAAAGGAAAGCUGAAGCUUAAAGUUCUAUCCCUCAUGGUGCCUCUCAAACCCUUUCUAGCAAUUGUGGCCGAAGUUGUUAUUUUAGUAACUAUUAUUUUCCUUUAUGAGUUGUAUUCGACAAAGAAAGAGAAAUGUGCAGAAGCUGAAAAAGAAUUUGACCAAAUUAAGCAACUUAAAUCAGAAGAAAGCAAUGGUCUGGAAGACAGUAGUGCUAGGCACAGGAAAAUUUAAUCUGGUUCCUUAAAAGGAGAUUUAAGGCAUCAGAAGUGGAAAUAAUCACAAAGCUACAGAAGAUGUAUGCGGCUAUGCAUUUUAAACAUCCACUGUGCUUCUAAGUAAACUCCUUCACACUUAAGAGAAAUAAGAUGCUUUUGAAAUAGCUGUGAAACUGCUUAUUUUAUACAGAUGAUAAUGUAUUGUGAUAUAUUGCAAUUAGACCUUUCCUGUCUGUAACAUUGUUUGUCAUUUUACUACUAAAAGGCAGUUUUUAUGUGAUCAGACUUUCUGUUUUAUGACUAAUCUGUUUGAAUUUUGUGUCCUAAAUUGGAAAUAACCUUGCAUUCACUGAAUGAACAGGUAAUAUAGAAUGGGCCUGUUAUCUAAGUGUUAUAAAGCUGGACUUAUAAGAUCACAAAAGUAUUUCUGCCAAAGAAAAUGCCUUUUACUAGUGGAUGAAGCAAAUGUGACACAGCCAUUUUUACCAAAGAAAUGGUCAAAGGGAAGUCUUUAUCACGAUUAAAUGAAACAUUAACAAUUUGGUAAUUUGUUCUAGACAGUAAAAUAUCUUCAUUCUGAUUUUCUUAGCUUCAUUUAAAUGGGAAAGAAAUAUAGGUACAUUCUGAAUACUGAAGAUAGGAGUUUUUUUUAAGAUGUGUUGCCAUGUCUGUGUUACUAUACUGUAUAAAUAGGCUAAACACUUAAAUACUGUAGAGAUCAGAUACUUCAGCAGUAUUUCAGAGUAGAUGAAAGAAGCAAAGGGGGUACAGUACCAUAUCAGAAUAUAACUGAAGUGAUUCCUUACACUUACAAAAAUUACUGCAGGAUCUGAGGGCUGCAAAACCAGUUUUGCAAUUAUAGUCUAUACAGAAUAGAAAUUGCACAAAUAUACCUAUACAGUUCUUACCAUACCUCCUGUCUAAUUGAUAGUUUUACUUCCAGCAUACUGUAUUGCUCCUUAAACUCUUCUCAGAGCACAGAAGGUCUUGAGCAGGUGUAAUUUUCAGGGUAAUAGGAUAAAGCAACAUGAAUGACUAGUUAUACAUGAAAUGAUGACACUACUGUUAUGACUUAUAACAUUGCUUUAGAAGAGCUAGCUGUCAUAAUUUUAAAUAUACCAUUUAGUUACAUUAUGCAUUCAACAUUUGAAAACUGUGCAGCUAAUAGAAAAACAGUUGAUUGCAUUAGUUGCCUGUACUUGCUAAUCCAAAAGAAAAAUAAGAAAAACUUCCAUUUUAAGCAAGGGAAGAGUAAAGUCUUCAAAAUAAUUUAUUCUCUCAGAAAAAAAGGAAAAAAACAGGCAGCAUUUUCAAACUUCCUAGGGAAGCAAAAGAAAAACAUCUAAAUAGAAUUUCCUCAAACUGGUCGCUUUUUUUUUGAAAACAUAAAGGAAUACAAAAAAAUAAGAUGAUAGAUUUAAUUCCCUUCCUUUAUUUUUCUAUUUUACUGUUCUUUGAAAAGAACUGUGGGUUUGAAAAUAUUAGAAAGCUUGGCAUUGGCUGUUUUAUUGGAGAUCAGGGACAAAAUUUGGGCUGAUCUAUGCUUUUUUUGUUUUUUUUUAUAGUUUGUUGCAGCUUUAACAAGUUGAAGUCCAAAUAAAAAAACAGUGAGAAGAAUGUAAGCAUUAAGUGAUUGACUGUAAGGGCUGAAGACUGAUAAAGAUUUCCCUUGCUAAGAUACCACGUGUAUUGUAUCUUGCCUUGGAGUUUCUAUGCACUAUAAAAACAAGAAUCCAUUUACAGGUUUUUAUAUGAAUUUAUCAUUGAUAAACACCAUUUCUGUUGUAACAACUAAGUGUUUGCUGUUUAGAAAGAUACACUUCUGUAUACUGUUUGAAACAUACAACUUUAUUUUUUUAGAAAAUUUUUUUAGUCAAUUCAGAAGAAAAAAGCAAGUUUAUUUAUAGAUCUAAGAUUCUAAAUAAAGCAUAAUUAAUAUCUUCUGCAACAAAAAGGAGGGUGGGUGCUAGCUAGAAAAAAAAAGCCCACCUUUUAAUCAGAAAUGGUAACAACUUUUACCUUCACUGAGCAUUUCUACCCGAUCUUGAAAUCGUGAUAUAAAGCCUUGGCCAACAUAGGCAAGUUACAUGAGCGGAUACUUUUUUUGGUGUUAGCAAACAAGGUCUGCACUGAAGGCUGGUAGGAACUGGAAAAGCUGGAUGAAACAUGGCGUUUAGAUCUAUGAUGUAUUCCUCCUGUCAGAACUGUAUUAAGAGUUUGGCCAAAUUGGCUGCUUUAACCACAGCUUUGUCUUGACCUGGCUCUAGCAUCUACUACUUGUCAUGCCUGCAAGAGGUUUGUUUAUUUUUAGGUUGGAAAGCAGGUUUUUUUCAGCUUGGUAAGUGGUUUUAUUCCUUGUACAUCUGCCUAGAUUCAAACAUUCUUGGGUUACCCUACAGAGGGGAAUAAUAUUAAAAGAUAAUUAUUGAAGAGGAAUAAUAUUAAAAGAUAAUUAUUUAAUUAUUUGCAUAACUAAUGACCAUAACUUCAAAGGCAUAACCCCUACUUUUAUAGUCCAGGUAUUACAUAGGAAUCUCUGGAUAUCUAGAAAUGUAUAUUUUUGAGAAAUACACGUUGUAUAUGUUCAAAACAUUAUUACUGCAGUUGCAUUGUAUAUCUAUUUUAUUAUGCAAACAUAGCCUUCAACAGAACAAAAACUUGGUAACCUUAAAAAAACAAAACUCUAGGCAAUUACUUGUUUUAACCUCAUUCAAGCCAAGAGAUACCAAAUGAACCAAAACAAUUCUGAAGAUAUUUCCUUCAAGCAGCAGUUACAGCUAAGUCUAACUAGCCACAUAACAAGUUUUAAUAACAAAUACUAAUCUCUAAUAAUUGACUUCUCUGAGUAGGCAGAGUUUAACCAUUGUAUUUGCCAAAUCUUGUCUUCCAAGAUCAAGUCCUUUUUUUCUUGAAAAAGGUUACUGGUUUCUAUACCAACAAAAACCUUGGCCAAUUCUUAGAGGAAAAUUAAAGUCUACAAAAGAAUUCUGAAAGACUUUCCUAGAGCUUCAAAGAGGUCACUGCAAAUUCCUCCUUUCCGUAGCGCCAAAGUAGCCACAAGCAACUGAGACCAGAUUCCUAGUGAAGAUUGACAACUACUAGGAGAGUUUCCAAAGUGUGAGCUCAGAUAGAACUGUAUGAGUAUUGCCAAGAUAAUUAAGUGAUUUGCUAUAAGUCAUUUGACACAUCCAGUCCUGAGGAAGAGAGAGAAUGUGUCAGUAUUGAUGUUGAUACUGAAAUCAGCAUCUGUGUGUCUGUUUUUCAGCCAAAGAAGAUGAUGCUUAAACUCUGCCUUUAAAUUCACCCUCAAAACUUUCCAAUGCUGACUGCUGAGCAACUAAAAUUACAAAGAAACUCAUUGGUGUCUUCAUUGUAGAGGGAGAUUUUCAGUUGAGUGGUCCUCUGAGUGUUGAGCUACCCGGCAUCUGCAAGCUCACUACAAUUAGCCACAUCAUACCGCAGUUCUAGCUGGGAGCUCCUCAGAAAUAGGAAGGGGCAAGGACUGAGGAAGAGACCAGUUGAGGAUGGCUGUAGGGAUAUGGUAAGGACCUGUGGGUAUCCCACAGGGGUCCUGAGGGACAGUAGAUGCUGAGAUGACUUGCAGUGAGCUGUGACUAGGGAAGAUGGAGUGUAAAUCUUCCGGAGAAAACAUUUUAUUAUCUGUACCAUUUGGAGCGUUUGUAUAGUAAGUUCUGCACAGUGACUGAAAACAGUCUGACAUUGCUAAGCACUUGCACAGGUGAAAACACAAAGCCAAAUGAUAUGUUUCAUAACAGGGUUGGAAGGUACAUACUUGGAAAAUUUUUCUCCAUUGGCUUUAAAUAGUUCUGCAGUCUUGCUUUCUUCUUAUGCCAGAACAUGCGUAUAUAAUACAUGAAACGAUUCUUCAUGGAAAAAAACACAAGUUCCAAACUUUACAGCUUGUUAUUAAAACUCAACUUGUCUAAAUUCACUGUUGAUAAGAGUUCAUUUUUGUAGUUGAAUUUAAGACUUCAAACUUCUAGUGUUUGUUCCAUCUUAGCUAAUACAAUUGUUUUUCCUCCAUACAGAAACUUAAUCUCAUUUGUUUUUCCAUUCAGCCUUUGAUUUAACCAAAGAAAGAUUUUUCUUUUUUAUUAUUAGGUGAACAUUUCUAUCAACUGACUUGAAUUAUUUUCAAAUUGACAUUAGAAGUUACAUAACAGUGCCUUGAAGGGAAGAAUUUGUUUACCAUAGUUAAGUUCAUUUUUCUCUUCUGCAAUACAUUUGUUAAAAGUUUCAGAGGAAACUUGACAGCAAAAUCUAUUUUUCUAGUGAAGGACUACUAAGCCUAAUGCUUUUGUCACACAUGACUUACUUUACAUUCUGAUUUUAUACUCUGAGCUCACUCAACUGUUUCAUUGUUUUGCUUGAGCAGUAAGAUGUAUACCAAAAGUGUAAUAGCCUCUGUUUGAUGUAUAUGAAAUAAGGAGAGUAAUUAUAAGUAGUGUGAAUUGAUAAUAUUGUACUUGCAAAUAGUGCCAAUAAAUUUAACCAUGGAGAAUCCAUAAA